CUAAGGGAGAAACUGUUGCUUAGCAACGGCGUCUCGCCUCUAACAAAAAUGGCCGACCGCAGAUCCAGACCCGCGAUACCUCCUUUAAAAAAGCCUCAAACGUCUUACUCAGAAAGGCCUUCCAGACCCACACCUCAGAGCAGGCCUUCAUCUGCUCCUUCAAAGAAACCACCACAAAUGGACCUCUUAGCUAAAGAGGAGGAAUACAAGCGUCUCAAUGCAGAGCUAGAGGCCAAAACAGCAGAACUUGUUCGGGAAGCAGAGAAAGUUAUGAGGGAUCAAAAUGAGGUACUCUCUAAACCAAUCUCCUCCCACCUCUCCAUUGAUACUGACUGUCAUUUUGAGGUUUCUGGGACUAUAACAAAAGAAACAACGUCUAAGCAGCCCACUACGAUCAUGAAAAACAAGAACUUCUCUGUAAAAUCUUCAAAGACAAAUAAGCCAGGUUCAGGAAAUAGAAAGAACCCUCAUGUCAACAGAAAAGCACCACACACUGUAGUUGAUGAUGUUGCUAUCCCUGAAGACCUUGGGGAUUUCUCACUUGCUAAGACAAUCAGCAUAAUUGAGAACAGGGUUAGUGAUGAUCUCACUGAGGAACACUUGGAGGAUGACAUCAUGCCCAGUGCUGGAGAUGAGAUGGGCGCAGAAGCUCAGAUCAGAUUUUUGAAGGCUAAACUUCGAGUAAUGCAGGAAGAAUUAAACAGACUCUCAUAUGAAUCCAACAAGAAGGAUGAUGAAAACAGCACUUUAUGCAGCAAACUGAAGGACGUGGAGGAGGAAAGGGCAAGAUUGCAGAGGACUACAAAUGUCCAACAGACUCAGGUUGAGAAGCAAAGAGUUUUAGCUGAAGAAUCCAGUCGGAAGUGUGAAGGUCUGCAACAGCAAGUGGUAGCACUGCAAAAGGAGUUGGAAAGCAUGAAGAGAUCCCAUAAGCAGGCAGCCAAUACACACAGUGCAACAGAGGUGCGGUUGAAUAGAGCUCUAGAGGAGGUUGAGAAGACUAAAACUCAGCUCAACAAACUCAAACAGAGCAGUAAGGAUUCAACCAGUCAGGAGCACCAGAAGAUUGAAACCUUACAAGCCGAGAACAGAAAGCUGGAGAGGCAAAAUGCUGAGCUCAUCAUUGGUUUUAAAAAGCAACUUAAGCUAAUAGAUAUUUUAAAAAGACAGAAGAUGCAUUUUGAAGCGGCCAAGCUGUUGUCCUUCACUGAAGAGGAGUUCAUGAAAGCUUUGGAUUGGGGAAAGGAUGGAAUCUCGUAGGUUUCUAUUUUGUCCUUUGUAAAUAGAUGACUGCAAAGAGUUUGCAUUUCAAAAGCUUAUUCAUUGUUUAACAAUCUUCAAAUUUCAAUAAAUAAUAAUAUGCUGAAUUUCAUGACAGUCAGUGUUUAUCAACCCUGCCACAAUAAUUCAAUUAUUUACAUCAUUGCCAUCUAGUGGUGAACACUGAAAUCACAACAUCUAUCCAAAUUUGACUUUUCAUUUGAACUUUUAAUCAAUUGUUGUUGUUAUUUGUAUGUAUACACUGAUCAAACAUAUUGUAUUCCUGCUAGUAAAUAACUGCUUUAUUCAGGGUAUGGGCCAAACCCACUCUUCUUCAUUAGUAGUCCACUGAAGGAAGUGUGACCAUUCUGGUGAACUCCUCAUAAUGAACAUGUCCAUCACGUCCAACAUUAGCCUCUUUAAAAA